CUUCGCUUCACCUGAGAGACGCCACCGCCACCACUUCGACAUAUAUACCCGCGACUGCUCCUCCUCCACCACCUCCUCACCUACGUACCUCCAUCCUGGUUAUUCAUCUCACAGCACUCACAAGACUCUCGAUCGUCUUGUGCAGGAUACGCCACACAGUCACAGUUCCUUGCACCCUACGCGACACACACUCCCACACCGCAACAAUGAGGCUGCCUCAAGCGAUCUUCUUCCUGAUCACGCUUUUCACACUUGGCCAUGCGCUGACGCUGCCCGGCUCUCUCGAGGAAUUCACAGAAGCGUCCACACAACUGUUCAAGAGAAAGGGCGGAGGUGGUGGAGGCGGUCGGGGCGGCUCAACGUCCUCGGGCAGUAGUAGUUCCUCUUCAGGAAGCUCUUCGGGAAGCUCUUCUGGGGGCUCGCGCGGCGGCUCUGGCUCUGGCUCCGGCACUUCCUCCGGCGGGACACGGGGCGGCUCUGGCUCAACACGUGGUUAUGGUAAUGGCGGCAGAUAUUAUGGCGGCGGUGCAGCAUCACCCUAUGCCGCUGGUCAACGACGAGGAGGCCUUGGUGCUCCCCUGCUUGUGGGCGCGGGUGCACUUGCCAUCUUCCCCGCUCUUGCGCUGUAUGGAGCCUACUCGUACGGAUAUCCUUACUAUUGGACUUAUCGCAAUAACACGAGCGGUCAAAAUGAGACUCAUCCAGCAGAGUGCUGGUGUGGGAGAUAUAAUCCUUGCGGCUGCGACUCGAACAACGACACGGAUUACAUCAAUGCUGUCGCGAACAAUGCGACUGCCGCGAAAUUGGCUACGUUGCCAGGAAACAGCAGUCAGACGCUUGUUAUUGACGGCACCCUAGCGAAUGGAACGACUGCUCCUGACAGUAGCAGCGACAGCGCUGACAGUGGUGCAAUGAGGGUAGGAGAGAUGAUGGGCUGGUGGCCUAUGAUCGCAGCUGCAGUUGCAACUGCUUAUGUUUUGUAAGAUAGGGCUCAGCGUACGAUGCAUUUCAUGACUUUACGAUUGGAGAGGAGCAAGAGAUCAGAACUGAAUAUACCCAACGCGUGAGAAAAGUAGCAGCAGCUGUAUCAUAGUUCAGACCUAUUGUAUAAUUUCGGUAUAAUCUCAAAAAUAUCCCACCCC